AUGUCAUCCAACCCGCAGCAUGUGGUAGACACCGAGGACGCGGCGGAGCUCAACCUAGGCGACGACUUCCGAAACGAGACGUGUCUAUCUAAUGCUGAAGUAGCUGUCAUUCUGGAAAAGCAAAAGUCUGACUACGAAACGCAAGAGAAACAGUUAACGAACGUAUUUCGAAAGACUUAUUCAUAUGUGCAGCGCUUUAGUGGUACUAAAGAUCCUGUGAUGAACCAGGCUUCGGUCACUGAGCUUCGCGAAGCGUUGAUGUCACUUGUAUUCCAGCGAGAAGAAGACAGCGGAACGAUUGAGUACCGACUAGAAGAGUUCGAGAUUGCAUGCCUGUCUAAUUUGAGCCCGGAAGAGGUUGAAGAGGCCGUAGCUCUCAUUCCAAGUCUUCAAAAGCGCUUCGCUGAAGACGAAAUCGAGGAGAUUUUGGGCAUUGUCUCUCGUACAGCGGCCCGCAUGUUUGGCUAG